AUGGUCCCUGGAACUGAAUUGCCAAUAGAAUAUUGGUUUUACAAUGAGGUGUUCAAAUGGCGAUGUGGCGCUAGUGUAUGGUGGACAGCAAUAUUCAGCAUUAUCACUAGCACUUUGUACAUUCUUCUCUCCUAUCUCUUGACACUGUCAGAUUAUUUCAGUGCUUUGUUCACACUUUAUUCGUUUUUAUUUGUGCUAUUUGCUCUUGGCAUCCACAUUUUGAUGGCUAUUUACAACACCACUCAAUGUACAGUUUUGCCGCGAAUAUCUGUAACUCGACUUGGAAAUGUUGUUGCCUUUUUCAAACCAAAAUGCAUUCUGCAAUGCAUUUUCUUCAUUAUGUCAAGUAUUUUUAUCACCAUUUUUGCUUCAUGGAUCAUGAAACCUACUUUAGCAAAUUUAACUCUUCCUUGUGCAGAAAAAAGUGAAGGUAGAUGCCUCAAUGAACACAAACUGUUUUUGAUUGUGGUUGCCAUCUAUCAAGGCCUCUUAUAUCAUCUGCAUUAUUAUGUCAACCAAUAUGAAUACACUCAUUUCCUAAUUAUUCAGCAAGCCAAGUUCUUCCACAUCAAAAGUCAACUAUUCCCAAUCUUCAUAGAAUCAAUUAAGCUUAUUUUUAAACAACUGGUUAUAUUCUAUCCUGUUUUUUAUAUUUUAGGUCAUCUUCCCAGAGAUAUGGCAGCUAGCAUUUUGGGGCUUGAAAUAUCUUCAAAUGCAAGUUUGUCAAGCAUCAAUAACCUUCUUCAGCCAGACUUGUUUCUGCAAGCUUUGUUAUUAGGAACUUAUGUUUACUUCUUGUGGAAUUUAUCCAUUCUGCUGCUCAAAACAUAUAUCACUGAGAGUUAUGAAUUCAAUAUUGAAUCAGGGUUUCAGUAUCUCUCAAACAAAUGUCUUCAUAACGCACUCACCUGUAAGAAUAACCCUUGGGUUCAGUAUCUUGGAUUCCAGGAUUUAUUCCAGUUGUCCAGAUUUUCUUUUGCCCGACGACAAGUAAUUUUCAGUGCUACCUUUCCAGGCUGUCAUCCUAAGAACUGGACAAAGAUUUACCACACUUGUUUAGAGACACUGACUGCUUUGAAGGACUCUACUCAGGAAUUCAAUCAUAAUGCUUUUGUCUCUGCUGCUGUUCCCCAACACAACACUUCUAACUGGCUUAUACAAAAUUCAGCAGCUCCUGUUAGCCGCUACAUGAAGCCAACAUCUGUGGGAAAUAUUAGUCUUGAUGAAACUGCAAAUGGUGCACUACACAAAGAAGAAAAAACAAAAAUAAGCCUGUCAACCAAGAUAUGGGAUGCUCUGAAGAAAAAACCUGUUUUUGGUUAUUUCCUGCGUGACUUGCCAGAUGCUACUGCACGUAAACUCUUCUCUUCUGUACAAAUUCAUAUAUGGGCUGUUGAAGGUUUGUCCUGUCUUGUAGCUGCUUCCCUUAUUGAAGAUUCUCUUGGAAUUGUACAACAAAAUCUGCCGCUUAUACUUGAUGUUCUGUUAUCCUUGUAUGAGAAUGUAGAGAGACAUUUCAAAUUAACUUCUAAUCUUGGACGACGAAGUCCAAACAAUGUUAACACUUCCUAUGAUCUCAUGUUGCGACAUGCAUUCCGUUCAGCUCUCAAGUCAUCAAUCUACAGGAUUGUAACUACAUUUGGCAGCUGCAUUAUGGAUUUCCAGCUAGGCCCUGAACAAAAGAGACGCCUCAAAUUAUUCCUUGAAUAUAAAGAAUAA